AUGUUAGAUUAUCCACAAUUUAAAUUGCCCGAAUUCGUAUGCUAAUCAUUUCAUUAUUAGUUAUUAGAUAGGACCUAUUUAGAAGAUGUUAUUUGCACUGCACUUAAUUUUAUAUUUUUUCAUCGGGCACUCGGCCCUAUAGAAUUGAAUCACAUGAGAUGUGAACGUUUACCAAAAAUUACUUAAUUAAGAUGUGGGGAACCUCAAGUUGACUAGGACAUCAAGAAAUUAAUUGAUAAUAUCAAUAAUGAUCCUAACAUGAUUAAAUGCUAAUCUCUUUAAAUUUCUUUAAAAUUUAUGGAAGAACAACCGAAAUCACUCCUAUAAUUUUUUAAGCCUAAACUAAAAGUAUUUGAAGAGUGGUUACUUUCGUUUUAAUUUGGUCUCUCUUCCCUUGAUAAAACCUAAGAUGAUUUCACACUCAUGAUGAACAAUAUUAUUGAUGUUGCCAAUGCCAAUUACGACCAUUUUGAUGAACAAUUCGAUUAAUCCCAAUAAAAACCAUUAAAAUACCAAUAUGAAUUAACUUUUAAUUUACAGUGA